UCUUAUAGUGAAAACUUGAACACAAAAAUAUGAAACUGUUAAUCAUCACCACACUCUUCGCUUUGGGAGCAGCCCAAGUCCCAUCAAGAAACUACAUCCCACAAAGUCAAGGUCACGGAGGGCAAGGUGGCUUCCAAAGUUACCAGGGAUCCCAAAUAGACCCUGGAUUCAAUCUUGGUGGAGCUGGUGGUGGAAACCGACGACCUCAACAGGAUGCUGAAAAGAAUGCUGCUACUUUGAAACAAGAUCAAGAUGUUAGUGAAGAUGGAAGCUACCACUUUGGAUUUGAAACUUCAAACGGCAUCCGAGCUGAAGAAGCUGGUAACCCAGUCGAGGCCCAGGGUGGAUUCUCCUACAAGGGUGAUGAUGGGCACACAUACACCGUCACCUACACCUCAGGAGAAGGUGGUUUCAGACCUCAGGGUGAACAUCUGCCAGUUCCACCUCCCACUCCUGAAGCUAUCCUGGAAGCAUUGAGGAAGAAUCAACAGGAUGAGGCUGCUGGUAUCUUUGAUGAUGGUAAAUACCACCCAGAACAACAUGGAGGUGGUCAGCACAACGGAUUUGGAUCUGCGAAUCACCAGGGUGGCUUCAACGCCAAUAGUGGUUAUCAAUACUGAUUUGAUUACCCUACUCUC